GGCGAUUUCCAUCUCUUCAGUGUUUAUUUUACAAGGAUUUCUCCCUUUUUCAUCCGUCUCUUAUAUUUUCCUCUUUUAUAGCUCUUGUGUUUGUUUGUUGAUGUAUUCUGGGCUACUUUCGCUGCCAAUUUUUUCUAGAAUCAGUGCUGCGUAGACAAGCAGCAAAUAUUAUGAUGGGAACAACUUGUAUUGAAUCAUAAUUUGUUCAAGGAUUUGGUCUGGGCUGAAGUUGUUGAUUUUUUAUCACGGGGGAUUAGGGUUAGUUGAUUCAAUUUAGGGGUAAUUUAUAUGACGUUGGUGUGACCUCUUUCUUUCUUGAGAUCCCUCCAUUUGUUUGUUUGGUUGCUUCUCAUGUAAAACAAGAAAGCAGACAGAUUAGUCUGUAUUGUUCAAUUAAAAAAAGGAAUUGCAAAUUUCCGGAUCGCAAUUCUAAAUUUUCCCAUUCAGAAUUGGUUAACUACUAGUUUUGCAUUCAAUGAUAAUUUGGCGUUUAAGUUGCCCAGGCAUGAAAUUUUUCAUUUAUUUAAAUUGUAUAGAAGGCUGGCACCAAGUAGAAAUUAUGGGUUCAUUCAUUUAACAUACUUAAGAGAGGCCGGUGCUCCUGUAUUCUGGUUGAGAUAUAUAUAUAUUGGGAGUAUGAGAUUAUCUUCUCUUGGUUGUAGUUGUGAUUGUAUCAUCUGUUUCAAAAGGCUACCAGAUUUACUUCAAUUGAGCCAGGGAAAUGCCAUCCAAUAAAUUUUCAAGAUUUCGUGGUGCAAUCUGGCAAGGAUUCUGGAGAUCAAUAUAUGGGCAAGAAACUGGUAUUCAAGGUCAGAUAGAUGAUUUGAUUGGCCAGGGGAGGUUGUUGGUUGGCCGCUCUAGGCUGUUACAUUUUGUACCCUCUGAAAGAAAUAGUGACCCACAUAUAUUUGUUCGGUCUGGUACUCUUGCUGCUGCUCAAGCGGAUCUACAUUUAGCCAAUCGAAGAAGAAACCUUUCAGUUGUUGAAUCAUUUUCUCGAGCAGUUUCCAUACCAUCUAUUUCGGGGCCUUCAUUUCAGGUUUGUGGGUAUCACAUUGAUUGUUUGCAAUCAAGGCCUUCUAAAGUCUCUGGGAUCAGCUCUCAGAAAUCACUUAUGGCUGGUUGUGGGUCCAGAUUGGCUCACACAGAGUGCUCUAUUGGAAAUUUGUCUCCUAGACAUGUUAAACAUGGUGCUGCUUCAUAUCACUCUUCUUGUGUGUAUAAAAGGAGUAGCGCUGAAUAUUGUAGAAGCGCUACCAUGAGUUUCAGAAAUAAAGAGCAGCCUAAUAACUUCUUGUUGUAUGGUUAUUUCAUAUACAAUGGCGCGAAGAGAAAGGGGAGUAGCAAUCCAUUCCUUGGAUUUGGAUUUGAGCGUUCUUAUCUAUCAUCACCUGUAUUUUCAUCUUCCGGCACUGCACCAGAGGUAUCAUUUGAGAAAUCCGUGAAAGAAGAACAGCGGUCAACCUCUGCUGUUUCAUCUGAGCUGAACAGUCCAAUCAUCAGAGCUUUGAAGCUGAAUUCAGGAUCAUGUUACUUGCCCCAUCCUGACAAGGAAGAAACUGGCGGAGAAGAUGCUCAUUUCAUUUGUUUAGAUGAACAAGCCAUCGGUGUAGCUGAUGGUGUUGGUGGAUGGGCUGAUCUAGGUGUUGAUGCAGGUUUGUAUGCACGUGAGCUUAUGUCACAUUCAGUCAAUGCAAUUCAAGAAGAACCAAGAGGUUCUGUCGACCCUGCCAGAGUCCUAGAAAAAGCCUACACUAGCACAAGGGCAAAGGGAUCCUCAACUGCUUGUAUUAUUGCUCUCACUGGUGAGGGUCUCCAGGCCAUUAAUUUAGGAGAUAGUGGGUUUAUGGUUGUUAGAGAUGGAAGUACAGUUUUCAGAUCCCCUGUUCAGCAGCAUGAUUUCAAUUUUACUUAUCAGCUGGAGUGUGGGAGUACUGGCGAUUUGCCUAGCUCCGGACAGGUGUUUACAAUACCUGUUGCUCCAGGAGAUGUGAUAAUAGCUGGGACUGAUGGGCUAUUUGACAAUCUGUAUAGCAAUGACAUUACUGCUGUUGUAGUUCAAGCUACAAGAGCUAGUUUAAAGCCACAGGUGACAGCACAGAAAAUAGCAGCAUUGGCACGGCAACGAGCACAGGACAAAAACAGGCAGACACCUUUCUCUGCUGCAGCACAAGAAGCUGGUUUCCGUUAUUAUGGUGGGAAGCUUGAUGACAUUACCGUAGUUGUUUCUUAUAUUACAAGUGACCACAAGGACAAACUCUCAAGCAAAAGCUCUGACUAGAGAAGUAGUUGUGGUAUUCUACAAUUUUUGGAAGGCAAGACUUGUGGGGAGAUGCUUUGCUAGCCUGAAGCUGUUAUGCUGCUUUAAUAUAGUGAAUGAAUGUGAGUGUAUAUAAUACAGUUGUUAUGUGUUGGUAGGUAUGGUGAUUUAACAUUAUAAACGUAUUGAUGAAGCAAAUAGAGGAAGAAGAGUGAGAGUUUUGGAUUU